AUGGAGUUGUGCGGUCCCAGUAUGAGGGACAGUGGAGGCCCUCUCUGCCCGGUGGAGCAGCUGCCCUGCCACAGCGUGUCCCUUUGUCACCUGCAGUCCAACAGGCACCAGCUCCACAGCCUCCACACUCUUACCCAGCAGCCGUGGGUCAACCUAUCCCCGCCGGCUGUGGCCUCAACCCCGGCUGCUGCCAUCCGACACAAGGUUGAUGGAGCAGUGGGGGCCAAGUGCAGCAGCCCGGAGUGUGCAGUCUCCAGGCUCGGAGAGGGGGCAUCAGUGGCCCGUAGUGGCUCAGGGAAGAUGCUGGUGACUGGAGGAGGGGGCUACUUUGGCUUCAAGCUGGGUAGAGCGCUGGCCAGCCAGGGAUUGUCAGUGAUCCUGCUGGACCUGCACAAGCCAACCUGGGACACCCCGGAUGGAGCAGCCUUCUAUCAGUGUGACAUCCGGGACUAUUCUUCUCUCUAUAAAGUGUGUGAUGGGGUUGAGUGUAUAUUCCACACAGCCUCCUAUGGCAUGUCUGGGCCAGAACAGCUGAGGAAAGAGCAGGUGGAGUCGGUCAAUGUGGGAGGGACCAACAACGUCAUAAAGGUGUGUAAGGAGAGGGGCAUCCCUAAACUGGUGUACACCAGCACCAUCAAUGUGGUGUUUGCUGGAAAACCAAUAGAGGACGGUGAUGAGGACUCAGUGCCGUGUGUUUCCCUGGAUAUGCACAUAGACCACUACUCCAGAACCAAAGCCAUCGCAGAGCAGAUGGUCCUCUCGGCCAACGGAUGCUCAGCCAAAGGCGGUGUCCUGCUGCGGACGUGCGUCCUGCGUCCUGGUGGGAUCUACGGUCCAGACGAGAGGAGACACCUCCACCGAGUGAUGGUGAAUGUGGAGCGUCGGCUGUUCAGUUUCAGCUUUGGUGACCCCGAGGCCAGGAUGAACUGGGUUCAUGUGGACAACCUGGUGCUGGCCCACACCCUGGCAGCUGAGGCGCUCACAUCGAAGAGGCACUGUGUCGCCAGUGGGCAGGCCUAUUUCAUUAAUGAUGGCGAGUCAGUGAAUCUGUUUGAGUGGUUAACACCGCUGUUUGAAAACCUGGGUUAUAGCAGACCGCUGAUGCACCUGCCGGUGUCGCUGGUCUACAUGGCAGCCAUCCUGAUGGAAUAUUUACACGUGGCUCUGAGACCCAUCAUAGAAAUCCCUCUCCUCUUCACCAGAAAUGAGGUAAGGAACAUAGCAGUAAACCACACCUUCAAGAUUGACAAGGCCCGUCGAGAUUUGGGUUUCAGUCCAAAGCACUACAGCCUGAGGGACUGUAUCGAACAGUACCUCAAGUCCAGACCUCGCUGCUCCAGCUCACCUCUCCUCCGCCUGCCCCGAGCCUGUCCACUGCCCCGACACCUCGCCCUGCUGCUGCUGAUGGGCUUCAGCCUGGUGCUACUGCUGCUCUGCUCCUGUCUCUGCCAGGAUUAG